GGUAAAGAUGUAAGACCGUGGAGUCACAUCGUCAGCUCUGCGUGCCAGUCUGUAAAGUCACGACGAGGUCUGAAGUCUGAGCACCAAGCGAUUCGAAACGACGACGGUCUGUAGUAGCUGCGGGCGCGCGCUAGUGUCGGCAUCGGAGCUGCUCGUAUCCCUUUUAAUAUCCGCCUUCUCCUUCGACUUUUAGAAUCCCAAAAGUAGUAUAGAGAACCGGUUCUCUCUCUUUUUCCCCCUCUCUCUUUCUCGACUAGUGAGUAGCGGCAUAAGCCAGCGUGCGGAAUCAACAUCAGUGAAUUACGAAAUUAUCCUGGAUAUGAACUCUUCGACAAUUGUCGGAAAUCCGGGUGUCAUGGUUGCAGGGCCACCUCCACCGCCACCUCCUCUACCUCCUGUGUCUGGUCACUUGCCAGCUAUGAGGAUAAAUACUACCGAGACCGCCACAGCAAAGAGGCCGCAAGUAGUUAGCAACGAUGUUUAUGAACCACCAGCAGCCAUCCAGAAUGCCAUGCUAACGAAGGAUAAGAAACCCUUUACCUAUACCCCGGGUAUGGGCGGCAAAUUAGAUCUUUCGCAGAUUCGUAGUCCACGAAUGGCGAGAAGAGUAGCGAAAAAUGCUAAUGAUGAGGGCAUAGAGGGACCACCAAAAUCCGCUAUCGAGUCAAAGCAAUCGCCUGCAGUUCCUGUCGCAACGAAUCUCUUGGUGCCUCAAGUCGCGGUUCCUGUUUUUCCUUCCAACGUGCCACCCCAGCCACCCCUUAGGAUGUCACAAUCACCUUCAGUCAAUAGAACAUUGUCGAACGCUGUAGACAAACAAGCUGAACCAGUAAGAAAUAUAACAAAGGUGGAUACUAAAAUACCGAUCACAGUCACGUCAAGUCAGUCGAGUACUCCUGAAAGUCCGAGUACUCCAACUCUGGUUACUUUAGCCAAGGCUCCUACACCUUGGAUGCAGAAUAAAAAUAAGCCUCAGGAAGAAUUGCCUGAAUGGGCUAAACGCACGAAUGUGAAUAAAACGGUUGGCAGCGACUCAUCAGAGAACUCAGUUUCUCCGAUUUAUGUUCAGGUCCAGCAAGCGUCUCCACAAUGUUCACAAGCGAAACAAAAGCAAGAACAAAAACAAUAUUCGGUUCCGCAGAAUCAACAAACGAAACCGCAACAAAUACCUCAACAGCCGCAGCAGCAACAGCAGCAGAGGCAGAAUAUCAAUUCUGUAACGUCACAACAAACGAAUUCGCAAUCGCAUCACGAACACGUUGUACCUAUCCGAAUGGAAGAUAGACCAUCAGUAUUUGACGCGAAGCGUGAAUCUGGUCAUCAUCAAUUUACCAAACAGCCUCCAACUGUACAUCAUCAGCAACGAUGGGGUCAAGGGCCUGCACAACAUACAUUUGAGAAUCAAGCACAAAAUCAUCCGCAAAAUCAAAAACAGCCACAGAUUCAUGUCACAUCUCGGCCAGAACAAUCGGCUGGAACGACUUAUAUUAUUCCCCUUGUAGUGGAAGGUAGCGAGAAGAGAAAUAUGCCACCAACUACGGAAAAUAAUGUUAAGAUUGGAAAACCAGCAAGAAUUGUAGUACAACAGCGAAGUCCCGAUCUUAAUCAGCAAUGCGAACCUGGUCCGAUUCAGUCGCGAUCAUUUCGUGUCCUUCAAAAAAUAACGGACACAGACGAAUUAAACGAUGUUGGUACAGAACAAAUACGUAAAAUGGAAUUGAGUGAAGAUGAAAAACUACUCAUGAAUAAAUUUAAAGAACAAGUCGACCAAGAGAUUUAUCUUCAUCAAGAGAAAGAUCCAAGAUAUCGUGGUGCAGCAAUACCUUCACGAGCUUUUCGUUUUUUACAAAAUAUGACAGAUUCGAAUGAUGCUUCAGUAACUUGCGCUGUGCCACAAAACGUUGUAAAUAAGCGGCAAAACAGAAAUUCUAAGUCGUUUGAAGAGACACAGGCAAAUUUGCCACCUAGUGAACAACAAGUACAAGAACCGAAGAAAUACACGGGUAGUGCAAUUCCUUCUCGAUCCUUCAAAAUAUUACAGGCAAUGACAUCAUCAGAAAAUAAUGCCACACAAGAAAAUCGUCAAGCAGAUUACACCUGUCGAACAGAGAAUAACUUGCCGGGCAAUCAGCAAGAUGCAUUCUUCUCUCCUCGACCCGUUUCCUUCUGGUCGCAUUCCGAAGGUCCUGAUGCAACUGAUUACUGAGAAAUGGUUGGUGAAAUUCUGCUUAGACAAUGUCGAAUUGUUUAGUGCGCUUUUUUUUAUUUUGUUUACAAUAAUCCAUAGUAUACUUAUGUCGCCAUUUGAUGAUCCAUCGAUAAAAAUCAAAGGAUUUCUUCAAAAUGGGCUACAAGUCGCUAAUAUAAACUGUUUCAAUAUCGAAUUAACUGAAAU